CAGCAAAUUUAAGACAUCAACAUAAUAACACGAAGCCCUCUAGAAACAUAUUUGUUAUUUCUUAGUUGUUAUUGAUUUAUUCAUUUUUGCUAAAGUUUAAAACUUUUUGCUUAUAAAAUUAGCAUUUUCAGCAAACUGGAUUUUACAAUGCAGACACGAGCACUGGUUUAUACCGCACCAUUAGGGAUUAAAGAAAGAAGACGACAAACGUUUAAAGUAACGCUGUGCCGCCUUUGCAGUUUUCUGUAUUUCUCAUGGGUCUCACAAGUCGAGGGUUUUGGCUGUCCUCUCAAGCUUAACCCAUUGAAGGUUGUUGUGGAGUACGGCAGCUCUGUUUCAGUGGAAUGUAGCACUAAUGAAACACAUAAUGGGAUUGGCUGGGAAGCCCCUGAAGGAAGAGUACCCAUGACCAAAGCCAAACUGAUCACCUGGAGAGUGUCCAACCUGAGACGAUGGGACAUACGGCCAUUGUGCAAUAUAACCUACAAUAGGGAUCAAUGUUCAACUUCACUCUCAGUCACAGUUUACAAGACUCCAGAUAGUGUCUCCAUCAGCACAGUGGAUCAUGCAGGACCAAUGACUAACAGCACACAGUAUGAGCUCCAGUGUGAUAUUGUGAAUGUGGCUCCUGUUAAGAGUCUCGCUGUGAAAUGGUUUAAAGGAGAGAAAGAGGUGAAAACUGAGACCUUCAAUGACACCACCAAGGACACCAUCAAGACUCCAGUGAAUAAAACAUCUACACUUCAGAUCAUUGCAAACAGAGAUAAUGAUGGAGUUCAGUACAGAUGUGAAGCAGAACUGAAACUGGGAGUAUAUGGACCUCAACCUCCUCCUAAAGUGACAUCAGAACCUCUCAGCAUCACCAUAGGUGGGCGCAAUAUAUUCUGGGUUAUUCUUAUAUUUGUCCUGGUGAUACUUGUAAUAUGGUUUACAUCUUGUGUAGUAUACAGGAAAUAUAACUUAACCCAGAAUUCUGUUUACUUGCUGACCUGAAACUGGAAUCUUCUCAUCAGGGAGUUCACAUCAACACCAAAUUACUUACAGCCAUGUCCUAGUAAAUGACAUUUCUUAGUUUUAAAACCCCUUAAGUGGCACCGUCCUGUGAGCGGGACACCUGUGUUUGUUUACUUUAACAUUUUGCAUGUUAAUUUUUAUAUAUCAUGAAAAACCAUGUAUCAUUGGAAAGGUCUAAGCCUCUAGAAUACUUUAACAGUGUUUUAUAAAAUAAAUAUGUAGGGAGAGUAAUUGAUUCGUUUAUGAAGAGACUGUGCCUCAAAACAUUUAUAUCCUGCUAAAUGUCACUGUCCCGCCAAGUUUUGCAUGUGAAUUCUUAUCCAAUCAUGACAAACUAUAAAAACUUUCAUUUUCACUUUCAAUUUUCAUUUGUCAUCACCAUUUUGGUAAAGGAAUGUCAUAGUGAAAGACAUUUUCUAAAAUGCCACGGGUCCACAGGUGGGCCCACUUUGUUAUUAUUAUUAUGUUUGUAACACUAAUACCCGAUCUUAAACCUAAAAAUCCUGACAAACUAUAUCAAUAAUAUAUCCUAUUAUAAAUCCUCAAAAAUGUUGACAAAUUAUGUAUCAUAUAUCUCAGUUUCAUAUUUCAAAACCUUUUUGCAUUAAUAAUAAUGCAGUUACAGUAAUUUAUUAAUUUGUGACAAGACCGUUGACACCUAGUGGCCAUUGUUGGUAAAACUGCUAAAACUGUGACGCAAACUUUUUUGUGAUGUUAACUUGAUAUUUGGAACUACUUUAGACUUAUGGCUUCAUGUUUGCAUAUUUACAUUUUUAUAAUUUUAAUUAUACAAUUAUUAUGUUAUUGAAAUAUUUUUUUCUUAAAAUAAAUUUAAACUGCUAUAACCAUUUUUUUUAAUUUAAGAUUUUAUUAAAAAUGUUUCUAGUCUGCAGUGUUUAUUUGACCUGAAAGAUGUUAAACGUUAGAUGUCAACCAGCUUUCUUAAGUUAAAGAAAGCAAAAACUCAAGUUUUAAUUUUUGGCCCCUGUGCUUCCACAGAGGUUGUUGCCAUUAAACUUGGCUUGCUUAUCUCCUUGGAUUCCCUGUGGAACAAAGGGCCUCAAUAAACUUGGACCUCUUCACACACAUAUUAAACUUGCUUUGACUUUUGAUAAACACAUGGUUUUAUUAGUAAAAGAAUAUAGCUAAAAUGAAGUAUUUAAUUAUUUAAAGAUAUGGAGUCUGUAAUUCAUGCUUUUAUUUUAUCCAGAUUAGACUAUUGUAUUGUUUUGUACUUGUUUCUCCAACCCUGUUCCCGAAGCUACCUUUCUACAUCCUUUAAUACCAACCCUGCUCCAACACAACUGCCUGUUAUUUUUAAGUAGCCCUUAACAAUUUGAUGAUCUUGUAUAGCUGUGUUUGAUUGGGGCUGGUGCUUGUAGCUCUCCAGGAACAGGGUUGGAGACCUCUGAUCUUAUCUACGCUGACUGUCUGUGUUAAUUUACUGGAUGUGUUCAUAAAUGUUGCAAUGCAAAGAAAUUAAUUAAAUUAAACAUUAAUUAAACUUUUACUUCAUGCUGACUGUGUUUGUGAUCUUAAUAUAAAACUACCUACAAUUGUUUUAAAUUUAGCAAAUGGAAAUAUUGUAUUUCUCUUUUGGUUUUUGUACUAUUUUGUAAGGGCUAUGUUCAGAAUAACACAUUUUUGCUGAAUGAGCUAAAAAAAUGUAG